CGCCUGGAGCAGUGCUAAAUGUAAACCAGAGCACUUUAGCACUCUGGGGAAGAACAGUUUGUGCUUCUAAAACAGGAAUUGGAACCCGUAAUGCUUCAGUCCAUGUGCUGUUCUUUCACUGAUAUCCACAGAGAGAGAGUUUAUCUGUUUAUUUCAAUCCAGCGAAGUGAAAGAGGACAGCAGCUCAUGAUGCUGGAAGUGAGCUAGCUUGUUAGACAAGCUAAGCCAGUUUAGUUUAGGACAGGGGCUCAGCUGUUUGUUUGGGUUCAAUCGAGUGUGCGGAUCUGGGGCUUUAUUGUUAUCAUCAUCAUCAUCAUCAUCAUCAUCAUCAUUAUUUAAUAAGCCUUUGCUGUAGACGUUUUAUACACGCCCGGACGUGAGCUGACAUCUAAAUAUGGAUCCGUUUGAAAAUGACCGAUCUCCACUUCCCCGGAAUAUGAUCGAAAACAGCAUGUUUGAGGAGGAACCUGACGUUGUGGAUCUAGCGAAGGACUCGCCGUCCUACCCCAUCGAUUCGGAUGACGUCGUUUAUGAGCCACGCAGCUCCAGGCUGCUGGUACGCGGCCUUGGCGAGAAUGAGCUGGAAGAAGAUGAGGAGGACUACGAGUCUUCAGCUAGACUCCUGGGCAUGUCCUUCAUGAACCGCAGUUCCAGCCAGCGCAGCGCCGCAGCCUCCUACAGCCGUCAGCAUACGUCCGGGUCAUGCUCGAUGCCUUCUGUGAAGACCAUGGUGGUGGGAGUCUUACUCCUGGUCCUCAUUGCUUCAUUUGUCAUGGUCAUCUACUUCCUGCCCAGGUGCACCUUUUCCAAAGAAGGCUGCCACAAGCACAACUCCUCCAUGGAAGUCAUCUAUCCACCGUCCAAAAAUGGUGAACUCUUCCCCUGGACAUCCCUGAGGCUCCCAACCAGCGUGCGUCCUGUGGACUACGAGAUCUCGCUCCAUCCCAACCUGAGCACCAUGACUUUCACUGGGAGUGUAGCCAUCACUGUGGUGGUCCUGCAAGAGACCAAGAAGGUGGUUUUGCACAGCUCCGGCCUAAAAAUACAGAAUGUCACUUUCCAAGGCAAAAAGGUGGAGAUCUUGGAGUACGAGCCUUGGCAGCAGAUUGCUGUCAAGUUCUCAGAGGAACUUAAAAAGGGACAGAAGUAUGUGCUGAAGAUGGACUAUUUAGCAAACCUCUCCAGCAGCUAUGAUGGUUUUUAUAACAGCUCUUACACUGACGCGGGUGGAAAUAGAAGAGUUUUGGCUGCUACUCAGUUUGAACCCCUGGCUGCCCGCAAGGCUUUUCCUUGUUUUGAUGAACCUGCUUUUAAGGCUACAUUUCUAAUUAAGAUAAAGAGAGAAGCAGAGUACAUCAGCCUUUCUAACAUGCCUUUGGCCAAAACUAAUAAGCUGUCAGGUGAACUUUUUGAGGAUGUGUUUGAGAAGAGUGUCACUAUGAGCACCUACCUGGUUGCAUUUAUUGUGGCCAACUUCACCAGUGUCAGUACAAAUGUCUCGAACACUCUGGUCUCUGUAUAUGCAGUUCCAGAUAAAAAAGAUCAAGCCAGUUAUGCGCUGGAAACAGCCACCAAACUGCUGAAGUUCUACAAUAGUUUCUUUGAAAUUGAUUAUCCAUUGCAAAAAUUAGACUUGGUGGGCAUUCCAGACUUCCUCGCUGGAGCAAUGGAGAACUGGGGUCUCAUCACAUUCCGGGAGACAACACUGCUCGUGUCUCAUCGUUCCUCACCCAUGGAUAAACAACUAGUGUCCUCCGUCAUUGCUCAUGAGCUUGCACAUCAGUGGUUCGGGAACCUGGUCACUAUGCGCUGGUGGAAUGACCUCUGGCUGAAUGAAGGAUUUGCGACAUACAUGCAGUUUUUGUCUAUUGAGAAAGUCUUCCCCAAUCUUGACAUUGACAACGAGUUCCUGAAUGUACGCUUCAGAGCCCUGGCCAAAGACGCGAUGAAUUCAUCACAUCCUGUGUCUGCUAAAGUAGCUGCUCCAGAGGAAGUGGAAGAGAUGUUUGACUCUGUGUCCUACGAGAAGGGUGCCUCUCUUUUACACAUGCUCAAUGCGACACUUGGCGAAGGAGCGUUCAAGAAAGGAGUGAUAGAGUAUCUGAAAAAGUACAAUUUCAGUAACACGGAGAAGGAAGAUCUGUGGGACAGCCUUUCACAGUUCACAAACCCCCGCAUGAAUGUGGCAGAGAUUAUGAACACCUGGACUGUACAGAAAGGUUUUCCUCUGAUCACCGUGAACCAAACAGGAAACCAAGUGAAAGUAACACAAGAGCAUUUCCUCCUAAAUGCUGGCAAUAUCACAGAUCACAGUGACUUGUGGUACAUCCCCCUGACGUACGUCAAUAACACUUGUACCAGCUCCAUCUCCUGCAAGCAAAUGUUUUAUUUUAAGAACAAAAUGGCCACCUUUAACAUUUCAGGCAGUGUGAAGUGGCUGAAGUUUAACUACCGGAGUGAGGGAUUCUACAUAGUGGACUACGGAGAUGAAGGCUGGAGCGCAUUGAUCACAGCCUUGAAGGAAAACGUCGACGUUCUUCCACCGGAGGACCGAGCAUCUCUCAUUAAUAACAUCUUUGCUCUGUCAAGGCUAGGUAGGGUGCCCUUCAGACAAGUGCUAAAUCUCUUGGAGUAUUUGAAGAACGAAACCAAAACGGCGCCGCUGACUGAAGCCCUGAUGCAGCUUGGCUCCAUCUACAGGCUGCUGGAGAAAAGAUCAGAUUUAAAUCUAGUGGCCAAGCUAAAGGACUACAUUUUUGAUAAUUUCGGCAAUCUGAUGGACAGCCAGUCAUGGGGAGAGGAGACCUCUGUGUCUAAAGUGAGUCUGAGGUCAGUCCUGCUGGAGACAGCCUGCACCCUCAAAAGACCAAACUGCACCAAGAAGGCCAAAGAGCUCUUUGAUCAGUGGAAAUCCUCGAAUAAGACGAUUCCUGGAGACCUCCUGAGAGCAGUUCUGUCUGUAGCAGCCCAAACUGACGAAGAUUGGACCACGUUGUACAACUCUUAUGUGCGCUCCCUAUACGACUCGGAGAAACGCAAAACACUGGAGGCUUUAGCCAGCACUCAGGACAUGCAGAAAAUCGCAUGGAUCUUAAAAGCAGGUCUUGAUGGAAGUCUGAUUCAGACCCCUGAACUUCCUCUGGUGAUUAACAGAGUAAGCAGACAUUUCACAGGUUACCUGUACGCUUGGGAUUUUGUGAAGGAAAACUGGGAUAAACUCACACAAAAAUUUCCUAUUGGCAGUUUCUCUUUGCAAAGCAUAAUCAUGUCUACAACCAGCCAUUUCUCUACAAAGAUGCACCUUGAGGAGGUUCAGAGGUUUUUCAGCUCUUUGAAGGAGAGAGGAUCUCAGAUGAGGAGUGUUCAGGAGGUCAUCGAGAACAUUCAGCUGAACAUCAUCUGGAUGAAGAACAACCUGGACACACUCAGGAAGUGGCUGUAGGCCCAGAGGGCCAACUUCUUAACACACCAACACACGCACAUACCCCUCAGGUGAUGAGGCCGAGCACUUGUGAGUGAUGUUACAGCGAUCACGGCCAGAAUCCAGUGUGUGCAGAGAUGUGUCACAGAUAAAGAAAUCAGAUUUUUGUUACUUAUUCUACGGCUGUUUUUUUUUUUUUAUCUAGCUUUUUUAUCUGCUCACUGAGAUAAGCUCUCAUCAUUUUCCAUGGAAAUCCAGAGGUGCUAUAAUCUUCCGUUUAGCUGUAGCAUUUAGAUUUCUAUGUAAAUUACGUUGUUCUGCUUUUUCAGGGGUGACACCGAAAGCAUAGGCAAUUCAUCUGGCAGAAAAGAGCUAUAUAUAUAUAUUCAUAAAAUAAGCCUUAAAAUCUCUCUACCAAUAUAUACUCACUGUCCAGUUUAAUAGGAAUACCUGCUCAUUUACGCAGUUAAUCAGCCAAUCAUGUGGCAGAAGUAUAGUGCAAAAGAUCAUACAGUCAAGAGAACCAUUAGAAUGAGGAAAAAUCGAUCUCUGUGACUUUAACAGAGGCAUGGACUUUUUUUUACCAGAAGGGCAGUUCGAGUAUUUUAGAAAGUGUGAGCAUUCUGUAGUCCAUCAACCCCAAGGUUUGAUGUUUUGUGCAUGCUGAGAGAACGUUAACUGAAGUUCUUGACUUGUAUCUGCAUACCUUUAUACAUUGUGCUGCUGCCACAUGAUUGGCUGAUUGGAUAAAAUGCUUAAAUCAGCAGGGGUUCCUAAUAAAGUGGGUGGUGAGUGUAUGACAUACUGUGGCAAAUUUUGCUUGCUAGGAUUUUUUGUUAGCACCUCUGGAAAACAAAGGUUAGGAAAAGAUUGUGAUCAUCAGAGUGUAAAUAACAGCACAUUGGUUUCUCCUCUGUUGGUUAUGGGCUUCCUCUUAAGUGCACAUGUUCCUGCGCCAUGUCUUUCCUGCUGCUUCAGGUCAUAUGAGGAAACUCCGUUGACCGUUUUUAUUUUUUAUUUUUGUGUGGCCUGUCUCUGCACACAUGCUGCUGUGGCCUGUGACUGUUUGCACUAUUGGGAAUUCCAGCUUGCUCAGGGUUACUCCAGGUCGUAAACGACGGCGCAUGAUGGCUACAGACCAAUCCACUCAGUAGUGUCUUUUCAACAUGCCUUUCGCAUACGUUGCCAAAAGAAAUAGUCAUUUAAGGGGGAUAUGACUUCUGAAUCUGAGAUCAUGCAACUGGGGAAGCAUUUCACCGAGAUAUCUGUACAGUUUUAUCUGUAUGGAUGUGUGCAGACAAUCAGUCUUGUAAGGCAUCUGCAAAACCAUUUUUAAAAAAGAAUUUGAAUGGAAUUUGCAGUGCUUGUAGUUGGUACUGUGUAAAUACUCUCUUGCCUUAGCAGUUUUCCUCAUAAGCCUUAGCCGUAUUGAUUUUUAUUGUGUUUUUCAGAUUUUAUGCAGUCUUGCACAAGUCAGAAGCUUUUAUUUGACAUGACAGAUUAAGUGUGGAUAGAAUAGUUUUGCUAUGCACAUCAGGAAUGAAGCUUAUUACAUAUAUUUAUAUAUAUUUAUAUAUAUAUUUCACACAUCAGGAGCAAAGACAGUGUCAUUGAAUCAUUCAUUUCAGCUGCAAAUUCCCUGAACGUGCACUAAAUGUUGAAAAAAGUCACUUAAUGUGUGUAGUGAAUAUUUGGCGUCAUUUGCGUCAAAAAAAUGAGGCAAUUUCGGCUCAAAAUACCGUAGCGAUUAGAUUCACAGGUGUCAUCUGUGUUGGCAGUAUCUUUAGAUUUUGGGUCUUGCACAGAUUUUUAUCCUGCUGGUGCAGGACCAUGUCAGUCUCCUCCUCUUUAACAGUGAUGUGUACAAAAAGCUUCUGCAAACUACUGAAAAAGUAGUUUGGCUGGAACAAAGACCCACAGACACACCAGCCCUUUAAAGAUAAAAUCAUAGUAUCAUGGUUACUCGAACAGUUCAGUGGAAAAUUCUUCAUGUCUUGCUAUCAGUAAAAAAAAAAAAAUAAUAAUAAGUAAUUUUAUCCACUUACCCACACCUCUGUAGGUUCUUGAAAAGUUUUAACAUUGAAGUUGAGUUGAGUCUUGAGAUUCUGUCCAUUCUCCUGAUAAAAAUCCUAAUUACAGGAUUAUCUAUCCCUGACAAAAGAGACCAACAGUUAAUGCUGCUAUAUGCUCUCCAGAUAUAACUCUUUGAUGAUGUCUAAAAACACCAUUAGAUUUUUGUCUACAAAAGUAAAAAUGUUAGCAGGAUUUGAACAUUUGAACACCCUGACAUCACUCUAUAUAUAUAUAUAUAUAUAUAAUAUAUAAAAAAUGACAUCUUUAAAUUUAGUAUUAAUCCAUUAUAUUCUAAUGCAUCUAGUAUAUAAAAUAUAUAUAUAUAUAUAUAUAUAUAUAUAUAUAUAUAUAUAAUGUAUGUAGUAUCUAAUGCAGGUAGUAAUUCUAAUACCACUUAUUAUUAUUAUUAUUAUUAUUAUUAUUAUUAAUUUUUAUUAAAUAUUAUUAAUUAAACUUGGUUUUCAGUUUUUUCAGAGUUCCCCAAAUUUUGGCUUCAGAUAUGAAUUUUAGUUCUUCACUAUUUAAUAUUAAUAAUCCAAAAAAAUAAUUUUCCUGAAGAGAUGAGUCCGUUUUUAAAUGAAUCGGUGCAUUUUAUAAAUCAUGAUCCUGCGUGAGAACUUCUUUUCGCUGUAUUUUAGUGCUGUUGCCAUAUUUUAGAGGGUUCUCACUGAAUGUAUUAGCAUUGUGACUUUGCAGUAGAGGGCUUUGAUUAGGAAUCUGAUGGUUUUCUAGAAACUGUUGCAUCGCCGCUGUUUUCCAGUCUGGAAUACUGUUUAGUUACACGGGAUAUUAAUCACUGUGAGUUUUUUGUUAUAUGUAUAUAUGUUUUUGAUUUUAGCAGACAUGAAGGCUUGUGCUCAAGAGCGCUGAGGUAGAGGCCAGUUUUUCUGACCACUGCUUCAAAAUGUACUUCAUUCAGGAUAUAUAGUGAAUUCUUCGGACAGUUCCACUGACCUCGUAUGGCUAUUAGCCAGUAGUAGUACUGCAUCCAUUAAAAACAAUAACUGAAUCCAAGUCAAGAAGAGGGUGCAACUUUACUGUGAUUAUUAAAGUCAUGUUUUAGCCCCUGAACAAGGGGCUAAGGUGAACAAUGAUAUAAAAAAUCUACUCUCCCUUGUUAAAAUGAUGGGUUUUGGGGAUGUAGGAAGAUGUGAUGAUUGAUGAAUCAAGUUUGAAUUGUUUCUGUCAUCAAUGUGAAAUUACAUGUAUAACCAGAAAUAUUUAGGGGGGGAAAAUGAGCCACAUUUUAUGUUUUGAAUAGUUACAAAUACCAGUUGAUUUUAGUGUGAAACAUUCAGGUGUAGGUGGCACGCUGGCUUUAGUCGUUAGUACGUUCGCCUCACAUCUCCAGUGUCCCGGGUUCGAGUCUCGCUCCCACUCACUGUGUGUGUGGAGUUUGCAUGCAUUGCAAGACAUGCUUCUAGGCUGAUUGGAGUCUCUAAAUUGCCCGUAGUGUGUGAAUGAGUGUGUGCUCUGUGAUGGGUUGGCACUCCGUCCAGGGUGUAUCCUGCCUUACACGCCCGAGAUAGGCACAGGCUCCCCAUGACGGAAUAGAUCGGAUAAGUAGUACAGACAGGUUUCUGCUAGUAAGCUGAAAAGGGAAAGGAAUUUCACUCUUUUUUUCUUCUUACCCUGAAUGUUAUCUUCUUUCCCUGGAUUUAACAUCACACUGAAAAUGGAAAACUCUGAAAUUUCUGGUCGAUCAUCAAAAACUGCCUUUUUAAUAGGGGUGUGUAGAUGUCUUAUAUCCAUUGUAUGGAAUUGUACACAUCAGCUUGGAUUGUUCUCAAGACGUUGUGUUUGCGUGAUAGUGAACUGCCUGUCUGUAAUUCUCCUGUGAAAAUGUUCAGAGGAGUGUUUUCUGCACUCCAGCACCUGUUUCAGCUAUAAGCUCUCAGAUGAACGAAUGGAUGUGUAUUGUUUCAUUGGUAAAUGGUCGAUUUUCUUUGCUCAGUCAUUGUUACAGAUUGAAUUCUCCAUUUACCCACUGAUGCUUUCUGUUUUUGUGCUUGCUUUGUCCUUUUUUUUUGUUGUCAUUUUGCAUUUGCAUCUGUCAUUGCAGUGUCCUAAUGAACAUGAAUAUUUGUUUCUAUUUCUAUGUCUUUCAUUGCACGUAGUCUUGUCAUCUGUCAGUGUCAUUCCCAUAUAUUUUAUGCAUAAACGUUACACUGGAUUUGCCCGCACAUGAAUUAAAGGUUUGUACAGAAUACAAUUACUGUCCACUUUGUUAGGAACUUAUUUAUGCAGUUAUCCAAUCAGCCAAUCCUGUGCAUGAAGUCAUACAGAUACGGUCCAGAGUUUCAGUUAAUGUUCACAUUAAAUAUUAGAAUGAAUGAAUUAGAAUUGAGUAUCAAUCUAACAAACAUGCCAUGGUUAAAGUCACAGAGAUCACACAUUUUUCCCCAUUCUGAUGGCUGAUGUGAACAUUAACUGAAGCUCUUGACUCAUUGCAUUAUGCUGCUGCCACACGAGUGGUGGAUUGAAGAACUGCAUAAAUGAUCUGAUGUAAAGGUGUUCCUAUUAAAGUGGACACUGAGUGUAUAUAUACACUGUCUUUAUUAAAAGGAAAUAAAAAAUAUCUUUAAAGUA